AAUCGGAACCGGCGGGCCAUCCGUUUCACGGGCGUGUUUACUCUGCUCGGAAGAGCGAAGCAGCGGUGGCCAUGGCUGAGCUGUUUCGCCGCUGUCCCACUUCUUCCAAUCUCCAGUGGGCGACGAAUAAAAAUACGUAAGGAAAACGACGGGAUCCAAAAAAGAAACCAUGGGGCGGCGCUGUUCUGCCCUUUUUAAGGCCCACCGCCAUCCUUUUUCGACCCGCUGUAGCCACCCGAUCCAGAGAAGAAGUCGGCAGCGGCGACGACGACGAGGAAGAAGUCCGAAAACUGAUUUUUUGGCCUGAUCCAUCGCACGCCGAUCAUGGUCUUCGUUCAGUACCCUCGAUCCCUGGAAGCGUCGCUUCGAUCCUUGCAGAGGCAACGCCCUGUUCACGAGAUUCUUGGUGGAGGAAUCGUUGCCGAUGUGAUCCUUUGGAGGAGAAAGGAUGUCGCGCUAGGGAUUCUGCUUGGAGCACUGUCUUCUUGGUUGCUCUUUGACGUAUCUGGGUACACUGUGGUAUCGCUUGUGUCGAACGUUCUGCUACUCUUGUUCUCCAUAUUAUUUGUGUGGACGAAGGCUGCAAGAAUUGUCAACAGGCCUUGUACUCAUUCUGACAGUCCCUGCAUUGUAUGAGAAGUAUGAAGACGGUGUUGACAGAUAUUUUAAGCUCCUCCAUAUGGAAGUCCAGAUGUAUGAGAGAGUAUACACCCAGUGUUUCAGCAAGUACUUCUUCAGAACUAACAAGUGGGUUCUCGAUACGAAGAAGUUGCUU